AUGGAUCAUGAAACUGAGGAGACGACCUCGGAACCCUCGCAGUCACAGCCGCUGAGCUACGCACAGGUCUCCGACCCAAAUGAAGAACUUUCACCUUCCUCGGCCUCGCGUGACCUUUUUGAUACCUCCCCUCAGUCAAGGAAACAACCGCCCUUGUCACCGGCGAAAUCGGACAAUUCCAAACCAAAGCAACAACGUGCUUCGUCGGUUACUGCUACCCAUGACCUGGCUUUCAAAUUCCUGUAUACAGCCGCGAAACAGGCGGGUAUCGAACGCAAAAAACUGAUGACCACUAUCCCUGGCCCGCAAUAUUACCAGUGCUGCGCUUUGUACUUUCAACACCGGAAAUCUUGCCGACUUAGACCUACAGAGCCCCGCUCGCCGCAACUUGAAUGACCGAGAACUUGACGCGUGGGUAGAACUUCACCGCACGAUUGCUCAGGACGCCCUGGCCGAACUUAUUAAGAUGAGCCAAGCACUCUCCCGGGACCAUCCCGGCCUCUUGAAGCCAUAAUUUUCACCGUCACCUUCAUGCAUUAUAAUUUUAUUUUAUUUUCCCUUCUAAUGGCAGUCUCGCUGGCAUCCAUUAACGUUAACGGCGCUGCCGAACGUCAUAAGACCCUUAAGGUUUUUGGAUGCUUGCGAGCUAUGCCUGUCGAUUUAUUUUUAUUACAAGAAACUCACCUCGCGGACUUCACGCAAGGUAAGGCAUGGGAGAAGGAUUAGGGGGGUCAGUGCACGUGGUCCCCCGGCUCUAACUGGUCCGCGGGUGUCGCGGUUCUUAUUCACCCGAAUAGUGCUGCGAAACUCGUGGAUUCUAAAACCGAUCUCGCGGGUAGAGUAGUCACCGCUCUCAUUGAUUUUCACGGGCAACGUUUUCAAAUUAUUAAUGUUUACGGGCCUAAUAACCACCGCGAACGCGAAUUAUUUUUUGACAAUAUCUGGCGCUUCAAAUACCCGAACAUCGAACUUAUUGUUGUCGGGGAUUUUAACUAUGUACCGGACAUCACGCUUGACAAGUGGGGAGGCGAUGACAGUUUUGGAGACAGGGCUGUCACGCAGCAACACUCUUUCACAGCGUCACUAGCUGUAGAAGACUUCUUUCACGUUUCUAACCCGCGCGGUAGGAUUUUUACGUGGUUUAAUGGCCCUCAUUCUGUCGGAUGUAGGCUAGAUCGGUUUUAUACCCUGCGAGCCUGGAGAUCACGCAUCGCGCGGCACACGUGUUCGCCUUUUGCGUACUCUGAUCACCAUUUAAUUAAACUUCAAGUCACGUUCAGACCUACUAAUCCCCGGGGCCGGGGGGUAUGGAAAUUAAACACACAGCUGCUCAAAAACGAAAGUUUUUGCGCCGCCGUUAAUUCCUUUUGGCCAUCGUGGAAAUUUAAUAAACCAGCUUUCACCGACCCUAGGGUUUGGUGGGACGCUGGAAAACUGCAAUUAAAAGAGAUCGCCAUCGCUCAUAGUGUCGCCGAAGCACGGGAGCGUAAACGUGACAAACUUAAUUUAGAAAUUGAAUUUCGCAACAUCCUGGCUCGCGGUACUUCAGAUACCGCCGACAAUCACGUUCGCCUAGCGGAGAUUAGAGAUCUCUUAAAAGCCAUUGAAGACCGUAACGUAGAAGGAGCUAUAAUCCGUAGCAGAGAGCAAUGGCUAGAAUUCGGAGAAAAGCCCACCAAAUACUUUUAUCAACUCGAAAAGCAACGCCAGACCCGUAAUUCGAUCAAUGAACUACGCGUCGGAGAUCAGACAGUCACGUCUCACAAAAAUAUUUUGACAGCUUGCCGAGAUUUUUAUGUGAACCUGUAUACUGCCGAA